AUGGACCCACAAUGGACUCGAUCAAAAGGACAAGAAAUUAUUAUGCAAAGUGAGUUUUUUCCUUAAUUUUCAGCAAAAUAUUUGCAGAUUAUAGACUUAAGAGAUUGUAGAAUAAACAUUCUUGGACUGAAAAUUGGUUUUUUUUUCCAAACAUUCACUGUAGUUGAGACUUUUUAAGAAAUUUAUUUUACACGGGAAAAGAAUAAAUGAUGGAAAACGAAAAAAAAAAUUAUUUAAUAUAUGGCUUGAUUAAUAAUAAUAGUUCGUUUAAAUCUAUUUCAUUUAUGCCUAAUUUGGCAAUUAUAUGAUUGAGAAAUCUUAAACUCCGCUCAAAAUGCUCAGAUUCUGGUGUAAUCAAUUGCCGUAGACAACUGGGCGUUUCCACUUUCUCCUAGGACGACGAUUAAAAAUCAAAAGUGCUCUCAGUUCCGAGUAACCUAAUUUUUUGUGGUUUUUGUGAAAUCACUCUAUUGAAAUUCAAUAAAGAUUGAGGUCCCGGGCAACUUUAAAUUAUAGAUUUUGCCAGAAUGAUCGGGCGAUUUGAUUUGCAGAACUAGAGCUUGGUUUUCAUGUCUACCACUCAAAGUUUUGGUUCCGGCUGAGAAAUGUUUAGGAAUCUUGGAAUGUCAGGUCAUUCUAAAAAAAAGAAAAAAAAAAAGAAUGAUUGGAAAUUUUUUUAUUUUCUUAAUUCUAUUUAUUGGUUUAAAUUGAAAGCAUUCAGGUCUAAAAAUUUUCAUCUCAAUAGUCAGCGACCCGAAUUCCUCGUGUCCAGCGAAAUCUCAAAAUUCGAUUGUCCAAAACGAUGCAGUAUCCCACAGCUUGCAAACGAACGGGAACUGGAGGACCUUGUGCCUGGUUUUUUUUUCCUUGAUUUUCCAUGCAUUUCAUCCUAUUUUUUCCAGUGGCUAGCCAAAGAGAUCUUCUGGACGAGUGUGUGCGGCUUUUUCGCUUUAUUUAUGAAGAAAAUCUCAAUAAACAAGGCGAGAUGCGGACAUUAAAGAUUUGGUGAGUUUUAAAUUUUUUAUCUUGAGGAAGAAGACUGAGAAGUAAACCAAACUUUUUCCGUGUAGCAUGGGCGUUUUAUCUAAAUCUCUGAAAAUCUUUCAAUUUUUGAGAAAGCGCCUGCAAUUGAAAGACUAGCGCAUUUUCUAAUCAAUUCAAUCUUUCUUAAUUUUUUUAAAGGCUCAUAUGAAAGUUUUCACAACAUUAAAGCUGUUAAGGUUGCUUCAAACGUGCCCUACGGCUAUUUUUUUAUUUUAUUUAUCCGAACUAUGAAGAAAGAAUGAGGUUCCAAAAUUGAACAAUAAGCUCAUCGGAAAAAAAAAGAAAAAAAGUUGUUUUUUUCCAAAAUAAUAAAAAAACUUGAAUUUCAUUGAGAUUCGUACGGAAAUUUUUUUAUAACUUUUUUUCAGCUAUUUUUUUCCACACUGACUUUUUCAGAAAAAAAUGCUCCGUUUGCAACACCACCAUUUUGCGCCGAGAUCUGACGGGAGUCACACAGCCUAAAAAUUUUUAAACUACCUGGACAAGGUGGGAAGAAGUCUUUUUUUUUUGGCGCAUCAGUUUCUUUAACAACCUUCCAAAAAUCCUUCCGAUCGAUUUUAUUAAAAUAGUUUUCCACCCUUUCCUUCUUAAAAUUGAAACUACACCGGAAAUACUAUAUCGAAGUUUUUCAGAUUAACAAAAAAUCGUCGAAGCAAUAUCAAACAUUCUCGAUUUAAAAAAAUUAACAAAAAGAAAUGAACAGGUUUCAAACUCCGGCAUAAACGCGGUAAGAAACAUUUUCGUAUUAAAUUCAAAUGCAAAUUUCAGGAGCUAGAAUAUUUAAUCACAAAUGAGGAGAAGAUAUAGAAGAGACAUUGGAACGGGACUAGCUAUGAGCUUUUUUGAAGUGGCUGACCAAAGACCUGCAAAUAAAUCUUUUUCAUUCAAUUAAGCUUUUCACUUUUUCUUUCCUAUUUCUACAAAUAGAAAUAAUUUGUGAACCCUAUCGAUGUUAAUUGAGAAAAAAAUCAUUUCAGGGGGAAAUCUCGCGAAUUUGGAAUCGAAAAUCACGACGACGCCAUUGGAAACUUCUCUUCCACUCGAUCAGCCGUACCAUUUUGAUUUUUUCUAAAUUAGAAAAAAGAUUGUAUUUAUCUUAUUUUUUUUUAAAUACGACCACUUUUUGCUUCAUAUUUCAAUAUUUUUUUCCAAUUUACAUAAAAAAAUUCUAUUUUUUUGAUUUGCCUGUAUAAAAAAAGAUUCUUAUGAUUUCAAUCCGAUUGUUCUCCUAUCUUCUAACUGUUUUUCAUUUGUUUUUGACAGUAAAUUUUUUUAGCGUCAUGUUUGAUGAUGUAAUACCGAAAGUAAAAAAAUUGAAACAAGUUUCAUUAAAAAAAUUAAAACAAAAUGAGCUUUUUUUAAACGAAACUAUGACACAACCAAAUGAGUAAAAAGAAAAUAAAAAAAGCUUUGCUCACAAAAAGAUUUACCACUGCGAUUACUUCAUUUUUCGAAAUUUUUUUACAGUCUCAAAAUUUUUAUUUCAUUUGUCUAAGCUCAUAAAUCAAUCUUGGUCCAAAACAUUAGUACUCAAAAAGCUUCGAAAAGGGCACUUGUAUGAGAAUGAAUGAAAAGGACUAUGUUUCCCUAUUUUGAGUUCUCGUUUUUUAUCGAUUCUCGCAUGAGUUGAUUCAAUUUCGAAAUCUUAUCAACUGCUCUUUUCUCAACUUCUUCCAAAAAAAAAGGUAAUUUUUCAUAUCCCAGAACCAGAGUUCGUAGGUUUCUUGCUUUGUCGGUCUUUUUUUGGUCUGGCGGCUUUUGAGGCCUGGCGUUCACAUCAGACCAGGAGCCUCGCCAUCUUUACGCAAUAAACUUUUCGGGUCGAGACGCCAGAUGACAGGAUAGUUUACACUUCGCGACUUUUGCCAUUCACUGCGGGGAUAGUGUUAAUCAGAAUUGAAGGAUUUUUCUAUCGUGAAUCUAUUACUCGUGAAAUGGUCACGAAUAUUCAACAGCUAUCUAGUUUCUGUAAUGGCUAUUCUUCACUUUGAAGCAUUCCAAUUCGUUUUAUCUCACCAGUCGAUAUUUAUAUUAAUUUUUUUAUGGUUCUCGAUCGAGUCGCUGGAUAAGUAUUGAGCUCUUUUGAGAAGCCACGUAGUUCCCUCUGUUCUCUCGAGAGUUUAAUGUUGUUCAUCACCGAGUCUUUCGGAUAGCGCCCUCCAAGACCAGGAAUUCGUGCCUGUUCCGUUUUUUACACACAGGUCGAUUUUCGCCCACUGAGACGAUGCUAAGCCACAGCUCCUGCCGCCGUUCGAAAACGCAAUUAAAAUCAAGGAAAGUCGAUUGCAUAUUUAUACAUUAGAUGUAAUAAACAGUUUAAAACAAAGGGGGAAAUAUUCAGAAACAGCUACGACUUUGAUUUUUUUGUGAUGAAACUUUUUUACAAUUUCUGAGCAAAUAAUGUUGCCGCAUUUUACAUUUUCACACAACGACGAGAACAUCAUGCUGUAGGCUCUAACCACGCCUCUUUUGAGCCACGCCCAGUUCGAGCCGCGUCCCUUUUUAUAGGAGUCUCAUAUCUCACGUUUGUCAGAUGCUCCGAUUAUUCCAUUCUCUAGUUUGAUACUUUUUUUUUGGUUUCUCCCAUUUGGGAAGUCAUUGUAGCAUAGGGUUUGAAAAUUUCUACAAACAUUUUCUAACAAUCUUCGAUGGACGGGAAACAGAACUAACCCGGUAUCCGCCCACACUACUACUCUCCUAACUAUAAUCCGAUGUCUUUCAGAAAGAUCAGAUUUCUUUAAAAGGAGGUUACGUCUCAACCGAUUGAAAUUCAUAGAAUAUUCUGAACACGAGGCUGUAAUGACUAUAUGUCAGAUGGUGAUUAGAAAGUUAAAUAAAAUAAGAAAGCUUUUGGUGAACAAGCUUUUGAGUUAUUAAAAACCACGAAAUGUUUAUACAAACAAAUAUACAUUUUGCACUAGCCGUUUUAUUAUUUCUUUAUUUGUUUUGUUAAAUUGUUUCAUCUUUGAACGUGGAUUAAUAGUGUCCAAACUCAGAUAAGAUUCACUUCAUUUUUUUUUCCGUCGUAUAUUUCUUUUCAUUUCACUUUCCUUACUUCAUAUUUACGUGGUUAAUUUUGUCAUAUAAAAUACAGAACGCUUUUUUAGAUUUCCACAUUCUCAAAAUAAUGUAUAGAAAUAAGCUGUGCUCUCAAAAUAGCUGAAAAAAAUAAAAAUUUCUUCGUAAAAUAUUGUGAGCACAGCUGUUUGCAGAAAAAAAUCUUAUACAAACGUAACUUUGGGCCAUCGUUGAUGAUAAAACGAUUUAAGAAGAUUUUAUUAUUGGUUGAUACUCGGAGCUACGAAAAAAAUAUUAAGGAAGCCUUUGAAUUCGAGCCCCCCUCGGUGCAUACACGUUUCACGAUCAUUUGCAGAACUCCUUUUUGUCAUCAUUCUGUGUAUGACCAUUUUUAUAACCUAUCCUCACAACAUACUUAUCCUCGCUGUUCAAACAUGGAUUGCAUAGAUAUCUAUCUCGUUUCCCUUUUUUGGUUUUUGAACUUUUUUCCAACACAUUUGAAAAGCUCUUGAAAAUAAGAGUGUCGUGACUUGAUUGUUUCUCGAUUUUUUCCCGUUUUCUUUUCUGUGAAACUAAGGUUAAAAAUAUAUUUUCAGCACACACUCGCCUCUCUUGUGGCCGGCUUCUCCGAAUGUUCGUGUAAAAUGAGUGAGUUCAAUCCAAUCAAGUUUUUUUUCUUUCAAACGUUUUUUUUCAGGUGUGCUCAAACUUGUGUUUUAA